AUGGAAGCCAACACUUCCCUCUGGCACAGCUACCUUGGGGUGGUCGUGUCCCGCGAGAGGCAGCGGAUGGAGCAUUUCCAGCGGGCCGAGGACAUCCUGCUCACCCUAUUGGAGAGCGUCCAUGCCAGGGAACCCCGCUUCCUCGUGGAGUACGCCAGGAACCUGGAAGCCUUGGAGUUCUCUCUCUGUGCCUCUGAGGACGCUGUCGCUCUCGAGAUGCCCGUGCGUAUUGACGGUGAUACCCUGCGUGUGCUGGCGUGCCAGCCCAGGGACACCCCAGGCAGGCAUCCUCCAGAGCUGAACACCUGCUAUCUGGGAGUGUGCUCUCCAGGGACUGGUUUGGAGGACUGGACUGGUGUUGUGGAUGUGAUGGAGCAUGGAGGUGGUGCGGGGUGCCUGCUUCCAGGCAAAAUCCUCCAGCAUCUGAAAGAGCUCCUUGUUUCAGCCAUCGUGCAUUGCCAGCGCCUCUUCCUGCUUCAGCCAGGUGACAUUAGUGCUGAAAACCUGCGGGAAGAUGCCAUGGAGCUCUCCCUGCUGAUCCGUGGCAGCUGGAAGACCAUUCGCUUUGACAUUGUUCCUGUGGUGAGGAGGCAGCAAGAGCCACUCUGGCUCCAGAGGCGACGGAGAGACAGUGGCUUCCCUGAAGGCAGCCUCAGGAAGGCCACAGAAGAGGCACACUUUGUUCCUGCCUCUCCCCAUUGCUGGAGAUCCUCCACUCACCUUCCCAUCCUGAAGCUGCUCCGAGAAGUGGACACCCUGGGGGGACCCCGUCUGGACAGCCUCCGCCUGCUCGACCAGCUCCGUGACCAGGACUGGGGAGGGGAGGAUGGGAAAGGCAGUCUCACCUUCAACCACCUGAAGAUGGUGUUGCUGUGGAGCACAGAGCUCUUCCCCUCUCCGGAGGACUGGCAGGACCUGGAAGGUUCUGUCUACCGGCUCUUGGUGAUCCUUCUCCGCUGCCUGGCCACCCAGCACCUGCCCCACUUCCUGAACCCAGGGGAAAACCUCUUCCAAGGAGCGGCCCCGGAUCUUGCCUCCCUCUACCAUAAAGUUGAGAGCUUUGCCUGGGAACCCCAGCGCUUCCUCCGCUUCCAUUUUGGCCUCCAUGGGUUCAGUGGCAGCUGGCAGGCAGACACAGAAACCCGAGCCCUCCUGCAUCUCCCCACCGAGGAUGGAUUCUACUGGGACACAGCCUACUUUGACAUGCUGCUCAGCCAGUUUCAGGUGUACCGGAUCCAGGACAGCGCACGCCACUCAGCAGCGUCCCAGCUCCUUAGCAAGAUCCUUCCUGAAAUCCCUCAGCAGAGCUGA